AUGAUGAGCAGACCAGCCAUGUCAUCUAACAAACAAGAAGGAUUCUUGUGUUAUAAUGGGCAAGUCCUUGUGUUCCAGUUGUAUAAAGGAGGGUUUUUCAGUGAUGAAGCUGCAGAAAACCCUGUAUUACGUGUCAGAAGAAUGGUAUUUGACAAAACUGUAAGAGCAUUUGCUCAGAAGACCACUUUAGAUUUUAGGAUGGAGAAAGGCUACUCAAAUUUUAAAAUGAUUUGGUGUUGCUGUGUGUCAGAUUGCAGAACUGGACGUAACCUCCCUUGUGUUCUGAUACAAAGUGAAAAGCAUAAUUUUUUUGAAUAUUUUCUACUGGUGCUUCCCUGUAUCAAUAGAGUCCAAAAGCGAUUUAGUUUUAGACUAGACUAUGAGUUGAAGGAUAUCUUAGGGGUCGUUUGUGGCCCUUUACUUUUAUGGAGACACAUUGACACAGUCUUCAUGAUCUCUUCCAAAACCGGCAUAGUUGUUAGUGUACCAGUUAAAUUUUCCUCUAUUGUAUGGACAGGAGAGGUUCAAAACCUAGGUAUUGUUUUACUGGGAUGCACCCAGACACUAUCAAAAUCAGACUGUACUAUUUGGAAUAAGCAAUUUUGUGUCUACUCUCUUGAACGUCUAGAAAUAUUACCUAAUACAUCCAUUCUCCCUCAGGCUUACAGUAGUGUGGUCACUCAUGCUUAUGUCUCUGCAGCUGAGUUAGUUAACGGCCAGUUAAGAAUGUCUCUGAUUGCCCUUACUUGCAAGAAUCAGCUGAUUUCGUUCCAGAAUGGUACUCCGCAAAGUGUGUGCCAGCUUCCAUUUGCAGAUCCUUGUGCAGUUCAAUGUGUGGAGACGAGUGGAGACAAUUCUCUUUACAUUGUAUCCUUUCAGUCCAAUGAUGCUUGUGCUGUUUGGAAAAAGAACUUUCAGGUUGUCACUAAAUGGGAAAAAAUUAUCUCCUUAUUGAUUGAUGACUUUAUUGGAACUGGAACUGAACAAGUACUGAUACUUUUGAAGAGUCCCUUGAACUCAGAUUGGCUGACCACAUUUGAAAUAACAGAUCUCGUCAACGUGAGCUAUUCAAGUGAUACAUUGGAUUGCAGUGAAGAUAUUUUACUUGAAGAUAGUCAAGAGACUUUUCCUUAUUCUUCGGUGAUUCCAGGUCUGCAAAGAAGAUUGCAAAUUGGCUUGGCUUCUGUUCAGGAUCUACAGAAACAUCUCUUGCUAAAGGAAAAGGUGAUUUCAAAAUCUUGCAGAGCUUUAAUAAACCUGGUUCAAGGGGAGACUGGUACAGCUGCAAGUGCAGAGGAGAAAGACCACCUUUUUCCUCUUUGUGGUGAUAAAGAAAACCCUGCGCACACCUUUGAUGAAAAGUUAUCCAACAAUUGUAAAGAUUCUGAGCAUCCAGUCGAGAAGCUGUGGUAUCGGAUAAUGGAUGAUAGCUUGGUUGUGGGAGUGGAAACCACAUCUUCUUUACAAUUACCUUUGAAUGAUGUGACUUUAUCAUUGUUACUGGAUCAAACUUGUGACUCCAACUUUCUGCUUAAGUGUCAAAAUGAGGUGAUGAAGUUGAGUAUGGAUUCUUUACCAGCCUCACAUUUUAUACCCUAUGAAAGAAGAGCAGCCAAAAGGAUCAAGUUGUCCCUUCAUAGUGAAGAAGACAAAAGCUGUGUUUGUCUACAACCAUCGAAGAAAGAUUGUAUACAGACAAUUAUUGCUAGAACAUCUCUCCCACCACUUUUAGCACUCAAAAACUUCUGUUGCAUUGUGCUAAUACAAAUUCGUCAGAGAAAAAAUAACUCUUUUGAGGAUCAUUAUAUUCCUUGUGGCAGACUCUUUAUAAGUCUGGAAGAUGUUUCAAAGGGGAAAUACCUAGUGACAUUUCCACAGAAUGAAUCUAUAGAACACCAAGAAGAUCUUUUUGCACUUCUCGCAGCAUUACACAAAUUCUGUUUUCAAAUCGCAUCAUCUGACCAUAUCCUGACUUCAUUGAAGACAUGGUUCUUAGAAUAUGUGCAGUGUGAAGUGAUCAGACAAUUUCCAGCAAUUUGGUUUUGUAAAAGACCAGGAAGUUUUUAUGGGACAUUGUUCAAGUGGAAUCACAAAACAUCAUCUGAAGGAGUUUUGAUUGUAUAUUGCAGGAAUCAAACUGUUUUGUUCCAGUGCCUUCAUUAUCUCAUCAGAGUUCUCCCCAUAAACUGUGACUUCAAGAAACUAAAAUUAGGAAGUGAGGAUUUCCUAAUUGAUCAUUUGGCUUUAGCCUUGGAGAAGGAACUGGGUACCCUUACUAGUUCUCUUUCUUCUGCCUUAGCUGAGGUUGAAAGCAACUUUGUACAGCAGUGUGAAGCAAGCAAAAAUAAGAGCAGUGUCAUUGUGGCUUCUUUAUCAGACAGAGAGGAAAAAAUACAUCUGUCCAGAAAUGAACUUCAGAGAGAAAAGGAGCUAAUCAUGUUGAGAAUGAACCUAAAAGUGAGUAGUGGUCUUUACAGAGAAAUUCCUUUGAAAGUGACUGAGGUUCAGCUGAAAUCAGACCUUGCAGCGCAGAAACUGUCCAGUCUGUAUUUAGAAUCUAAAUGUGAUUAUACGAGUAUUUCAGAAUAG